AUGGACGGCAAAACCCCUCCGACCACUGCAUCACUGGGCAGUGUCCCCUCCAGCCUCCAUGCCUCCACGGUCAGCAGCAUCUUCGGCGCCCGACCCCCACAGCCCCAGGAGAGCGUCCUCGGCAUCAGCUUCAAACCCUACAGCCCCGAGGCCAGCCCGGCCCCCACGCCCUGCACGGCCUGUGAGAGCACACGAUCCUCCAUGUUCAGAGCUCCCUGCAUGAGCCAGCGGCGGCUUGUGCUCAUCUUCUGCGUCUCCAUCCUCAUCGUGCUGCUCAUCGCCCUCAUCCUGCUGUUUAUGUUCUGGCGGUCGCAGACGGGCAUUGUGUACAAGGAGCCGGCCGAGAGCUGCAAGGACAGCGCCGUGCGCUGCGACGGCGUCGUCGACUGCUCCCAGCGCAGCGACGAGCUGGGCUGUGUGCGCUUCACAUCCGAGGAGUCCUUGCUCCACGUCUACUCCAGCACUGAGAACCAGUGGCUGCCGGUGUGCAGCAGCGCCUGGGACGAGUCCUUCUCCAGGAAGACCUGCCGGCAGCUGGGGUUUCAGAAUGCAUCUCAGACUGAAUACAUCCCCCUGCGUGUCUCUGGCAAGAGCCUCACGGUGACUGACGAGCAAGAGACCAUCCAGCAGAGCCUCAACAGCUCACAGUGUCUCACGGGAAAGUACGUCUCCCUCCGAUGCACAACCUGUGGGCAGAGGAUUUCUGGCCGGAUCAUCGGGGGAAAGGAGACCUCUGUGAACAAGUGGCCGUGGCAGGUCAGCGUGCAGUACGGGCCCAUCCACAUCUGCGGCGGCACCAUCAUCGACGUGCAGUGGGUGCUCACGGCAGCCCACUGCUUCUUCAUGAACAGCAUGAAGAUCCUGGACGACUGGAAGGUGUACGGGGGGGUGUCGGACCUGAAGCAGCCCAUGGAGGGCAUCCCCGUGUCCCAGGUCAUCAUCAACUCCAACUACAGCGACGACCACGACGACUACGACAUCGCCCUCAUGAAGCUCUCCAGGCCACUGACGCUCUCAGCCCAUGUUCGCCCAGCCUGCCUCCCCACGUACGGCCAGCGAUUCCAGACCGGCAGGUCCUGCUUCAUCACGGGCUUUGGGAAGACCAGGGAGAAUGAAGAUAACACGUCCCCGAAGCUGCGGGAGGCCGAGGUGAAGCUCAUCGACUACAAGAUCUGCAACAGCGACAAGGUGUACGAGGGCUACCUGACCCCCAGGAUGAUGUGUGCUGGGUACCUGCAGGGAGGCAAAGACGCCUGUCAGGGUGACAGCGGAGGGCCCCUGGUCUGCGAGGACAAUGGCCGCUGGUAUGUGGCCGGGGUGACGAGCUGGGGAACAGGAUGUGGCCAGAAGAACAAGCCUGGAGUUUACACCCGGGUGACAAAGCUCCUCAGCUGGAUAUACAGCAAAAUGGAGAGCGAGAACGACUAAAACCGGGAUGGACACUUGCCUGGGCUGUACCUCUCCAGCUGGCACAGGCCACUGCCCGGGGCUGCUGCCAGGGCAUGAUGCUACCAGCCCAUCCCACACCUCUCUGGACUGUCCGUGCAGCCAGGGACCUGUCGCUGCCCCCGAACUCUGAAAACACGGCGCCUGUGAAGUGACUCUGCCCUCUCCUUGUGCCAGGGGGUGACCUGGUGGCAGCUGGGCACAGC